UAAAAAUUAAUAACAACCGGAAAUUAAUAACGUUAAAAUACUUUAUAUUUUAAAGUUUUUUUUAUAAAUUAACUUACACAUCAUAUUUUCGUCGUUGACGGUUGAUUUUUCUGUCAAAAAAAUUUUUAAGGUUAUGUGUUUCUAAAUUGUUCAAUUUUGUGAUUAAAAAAGCAAUAAAAUGACCGAUUUGCUCCCGGAAGAUAAAUUACCGGCAAGUUGGAACGACGAGGCUCGUCUUAACGUGCUUUUCGCACCGUUUCGAAGCCGUUCAGUUAAUCCGAAAGAUUGGGAUACGAAAAUGCAUUUUUGGAAGAACCUUACGUUUAUUUAUUGCACACACCACGAAAAAUAUUCGUUUACUUUACCAGAACUUACUAAGAUUUUUACGAAAAACGGGCGGCCACCUGCUUGUUUAAAUGUGGUUGUUGAUGAUAUGGUGAAAAGUUCUGAAAUUAAACCUAUUGGGGAUUUUUUAACGAAACCGUCUGAAACUUGGGGUUCUUGGGCAGCAGAUACUUUUAUUAAAAAACCUGUUGUAUGGUCAUUUAAGAAAUUGAAGGAUUCAGUUAUGACACCAGAUACAAAUGUGAGAUAUAUUCAUGUUUUGGCAAUUGAAAAGAAUGCUACGGAAUUGUGUAACAAUCUUCCAGAAGAUUUUGAUAUGAAAGUUAUCGAUUUAAAGGAGGUGGUUAAAGUUUUAGAGAUCAAAAAUGAUGAAAAUUUGCAUUUUAUUAUUCAUUAUUUGAAUUGUGAAAAAAAAAUUAGUCUGAAAGAGGUUCAUAGUGGACGAGAAAUUGUUACAUUGGUUAAGUUUUGUAAUAAAAAUUUUUGUGAUAUAACCGAUGGUGAUGUUGAUUUAUAUACUUUAGAGGUUAGUGAAAAAACCCUUUUGGAAACUGUUGAUAAACUAGAAGAACAAGCGAAUAAAUUAAUCAAGGAAGUUAAAAAUUAUUUAUUAGCCGGAAAGAAGCAAUUGGCAAAAAUUUCUUUAAGAAAAAAACACGAACUUGAACGCACAAUCGAAAAACGAGUUCACGCUUUACACAAUAUUCAAAUAUUGAUUUCAAGAUUAAAAGAUGCCGACACAGACGGACAAGUUUUAGCUUCAUAUCAAAAAGCUUUGGCGGGUCUUCGAAGAACCUUCAACGAAAAAGGUUUGAAUGAAGACGCGGUAUCCGAUACAAUGCUUGAUUUAGAAGAAAUGAUGGAUGUCCAAAAAGAUAUUCAAGAAGCAAUGGUGUUUAAAACAACCGAUAUAGCUAAUGAUAGAGAAUUAGAGGAAGAAUUGGAAGAUUUGCUUGCUGAAGAAACCGCUGAGAAAAAAGAUGAAGGAUUAGAAUUAAAAGAUUCUAAAACUUCGAAAGAAGAAGUUGAUGAUUUAGAAAAGGAAUUGAAAGAUCUAGAGCUUACAUCUCCCCCAAGCGAAUCUCCCGGAUUUUCUGGAGUUAAAAAAUCCGAUUUGAAUGAAAAAAGUGAAGGGAAAAACGUUUUUUUGCAAACGCAAGAAUAAGGAAGAUUUUGUUGUUAUUAUAAUUAUUUUGAAAUACGAUUUAUUUUUUUGAGUCUUUUGUGGUUGCUUUAUUAAUAUGAAUUUUAAGUGUGUAUAUAAAAAUAUACUAAGUUUACUUUUA